AUGUGGUGGGUGACGGCGGCGGGGUGGCUGCUGCCGCUGUUCGGCAACGUGCGGCCCGUGCUCACGUUCCGCGAGGCGGCCGCCGACGGCUACCGCCGGCUCUACGAGGCCUUCCCGCGGGCCAGGUACAUCGGCAUCUACCAGGCCCGCCACCCCACACUCCUGGUGCGGGACCCGGUGCUGGCGCGCCGGCUGCUGGGCCCCGACUUCGUCAGCUUCUCGUCGCGCGGCGUGCCCUGGGACGCGCGCGGCGACCCGCUGGCCGCCCACCUGCUCACCAUGGACGGCCCCGCGUGGGCGGCGCUGCGCCGCAAGCUGUCCGGCGCCGGCUCGGCCGACCUGGAGGCCAGGGAGCUGGCCGCCCACUACGCCACCGACGUCAUCGGCCGCGUCGCCUUCGCCCUGGACUUCGGCUCCCUGCGGGGGCGCGGCGCCGCUGACGCCGACGUCGACUCCUCGCAGCGCUUCGGCGUCAUGGCGCGGCGCGUCAUCCGGCCCACUCCUUCGGCCGUGCUCAGGAGGUUUGCAAGGUUGCUGCUCCCCGAGUGGUUCUACCGGCGGCUGAAGGUGCGGUCUGUGCCGCAGGAUGUGGCGGACUUCUUCUGUGAGGUGGUGCGUCACUCGAUGGACGAGCGCGAGCAGUCCGGCGUGGCGCGGAAGGACUUUCUGCAGACGCUGCUCGACCUGCGAAGCGAGGGGCGGAGGGAGGGCGACAACUCCCUGGGCGGCAUCGAGCUGACGGAGGCGGUGGUGGCGGCACAGGCGGUGGCGUUCUUCGCGGCGGGCCUCGAGACGACGGCCAGUGCUGUCUGCCUGUGCCUGCUGGAGCUAGCCCACGCCCCAGACAUCCAGCAGCAGGCCUUCCUGGAGCUGGAGAAGGCCGGGGUGCAGGACCCGCCUGCCUACGAGGAGCUCCAGGGACUGCCCUUUUUGGAUGCCAUCGUUGCCGAGACGCUGCGGAAGUACCCUCCGAGCCCAAACCUGGUGCGCGUUGCCACGCAGCCGUACCGGCUGCCGCACUGGAGCGAGGAGGGUGAGGAGGGAGGAGCGAGGGAGGUGUCGGUGGGGGCGGGCACGCGGCUCGUGGUGCCCGUGUUCGCCAUACAGCGAGACGCGUGCCACUUCCCGGACCCGGAGGACUUCCGGCCGCAGCGGUUUCUCGUCGCUAGCUCCAGGGGGAACCCCGCCUACAUGCCGUUUGGCGACGGGCCCAGGGUCUGCAUCGGUCAGCGGCUGGGGAUGCUGCAGCUGAAACUGGCCAUCGCUUCCGUGGUGAGGCACUUCGAGCUGUCGCCGGUGCCGGGCCGCACGGUCUUCCCUCCCCGGCUGGAGCCGCGGGCCCAGGUGGUGGCGCCGCGGGACGGCGCGUGGGUGCGCUUCACGCCUCGGCAGACGCAGUCGUAGGAGAGAGACUGCGGGCCGACCUCGUGUCGUUCUGGAGUACGCUGCGUGGAGCCCGCUUCUCCACACACUUCAUACGGCUGUGUGCCACGCACACUCCCAGACUGUUACCGCAGCAACUGUUACCAGUGUCCUCGCCAUUCGAUUAACGUUUCACUACCGACUUCACUAUCGGCAGCGACGACAGCUGCUCUCUCGGCACUGUAGCGUCUACACACGCGUAUCCUGUGCCGUAAUAUGCCGAGCCCUAUAUGACCGUGUGUGGCCCUAGCACACACAUCGUACUACAUAUUUUGUAUCGGACAGAAGUACAGAUAAUGGCUAAAAGUCACAUAUGAAAUAUUUUUUUUGUUUACACAAACUGAAGUAAGAAAUUUGAAACGUGAUUCUGUGUACUGGCAUGUAGCACAAAACGUGAUGUUGUUGUUAACACUUGCCUGGCAACUUCCAUUUUCAUUUACUGUCAGCACAGAAUUAAUCACUACUCACAUAACAAGUGCUCAUUAAGUUAUCGAUGUUAAUGGCAGUUGAGCUCUGAGACUGGGAUAAAUUACUUGAAGAGAUACAGCAACCAACCACUUAUUAUGCAGCUCUAUUUAUAAAAAGAUUUUGACCUGCCCAUGUACCUGAGUGUAGUAACGCGCCACUUCCAGCAUGUGAGGAGUCGACCCUACCUCAGAUCGAAUCCACCUCGUGGAUUAAUGACGGGGGGGUUAGUGGGUUGCGAGACCAGGAUGUGGCUUUUAGGCAGUUUCCCACAUCCAACUAGGUAAAUACUGGACUGGUACAAACGUCCCAUCUCUGAUAUGUGCUAUGGAAACAUUCAGAAAAGCAAUCUCAAACUUGAGCACGAGAUUUACUCUAAACGCAAACACUUGGGGUACACGAAUUCUGUCCCGGGAGCAGUUGUCGCUUCAGGAAUGGCAUCUGGCGUCCGACUGCCACUAACUUAGCCCAACCUGCUUCAUAUUCCGACACCACAGAGAAACAGGAACAGGCAAAAGAAGAAAGGAAUUAUGAUGAGAUU